GCUCCCGAGGCCAACUGCCAACUGACCUCUUCCGAGUCCAAAUAUUCUUUCUCGUUACAUUAUUAAUAGUAACAUAACAAAUACUACAAAUUAUUCGUAAUUCUACAAUCACUAAUCGUUCGAUUCCACUCUAGUCUACCACAGCACCCACAUACUUUUUUCAACUUCAGCGUCUUCUAUAGUACCUUCUGCAAAACGUUCGUUAACCCAGCGUUCAUUAGCGUCCCUCGUGCAAUCAACAAUUGUGUUUCCAACCGCAGCCAACAGCCAGCCAGCCAGCCAGUCAGCCAGUAAGUCACCACCAAUCUCGUGCAUGCCUAUCGCGUUGUCAUCGACCUUACGCGAACCAUUGCCCAUAUGCACGGCGUCGUUAUCUCUUGCCAAGUCGCGAAAAAAUUCUUUGCUCGGAACGAAACGAUUCGUAUACGGUUGUUCGUUGGUGUGACGCUUCAACGCGUAAAUGCUCGAUUAUCGGUUUUCGUUGUACGGUUCUUGGUGCGUCAUGUUUCUGUCAAGCGUAUAUUAGAGAAAUCAACAGCAGUAACAAAAGUGAUACAUCUAGAACGCCCCCUUCUCCCGAUCGGCUGAAACAGUGGAAAUCCAGUGAAGCGCACGAAUGCUCAUCUUGCAGGCUUAUGAUAAGCGACAGACCGAAAUAUACCUGAGCAGUACCCCAUCACUAGGCCAAGUGACAACAACUCGAAGUGGAGCGUUUUUCAGUGAAUUGUCAGCUGGUUAUUACCGUUUAUGAGCUCUUUGGCCAGGACGCACGUUAUUGCUUCACCGUCAUCGUCAUCGUGUGUCUCGAAUCUACCUCCACUCGGUCACGCAAAGAAUCAAGUCUGUGAGUGUGUUUCUUUCAUAUUUUCACCAAGUACGCGCCGUACAACUAUUCCGUUGUUGAGCGUCUGAUUAUACGCCAUAUUUCAUAUCCGCGCUUGGCCUUGCCCUAUUCGUGUCUACAUCCAUAGCCCGCAAGCGUGCAGUCUCCCUGCAGUAUCUCGAACAUCGAGUAAAGGUACCGCUAUUUCUAUCUACAUAUAGCAACAAGCUUGUUCAAACUAAUUCGCUCAAGCCUUCGAUUCCGUCAAUGCAGCAGGUGCUGAGCGGCGGAUUGCGGUUAGAAAUCGUUGACGUCAAGUGGCUCCCGGCGCCGUUUGUCUGCCAAUGAUAAUCAGCUCUCGCCCCAGCGCCCAACCGCUAUCGCACAGUAACAGCUCUACCCCCUUCUAUAAUUCGCCAUCAGCGAUCGACCGACUUGCUUACAGUUAUCUCUCGUGCUGGUGAUCUCGUGCCCUCCGAAAGAUCAGAGCUCGCUUUAUCAAUUGUUAUUCGUGUGCCACUCUAUCAAAUACGUUGUGCAGGUGCAUCCAGAGUAACUUGUUCUUGCUGUGCGACUACGACGCAGUGUUAUUCAUCCCAUCAUCAAAUUUACCUGCCUAUCCAUCUGUGUGUGCCGUAUCUAAUAUUGUCUUCGUUUCGGCCACACACGAAACAGGAAGUCAUCAAACGUCAGCACCAAUCAUUACCAAGCUUUUCCCUUAUCGAGUGCUUCGAAUGCCGCCAUUCGACGACUGCUGAUCGCUACUUUUCAUCAAUCCGUAUUGAAAAACAACGCCGUCACCAAAAACUCUUCUACAAGGUUCAGCCUGUACCCGCUAACCCGGUUCAACGCGUAGAUUGAAAUCGAGUAGUCUGUCCACCGCUGCUGCUGUUGCUACUGCUUUCGCCAUUCGAUUGUUGCUGCACGUUUAUCGUGCGUUUAUCUCAUGCUAACCACAAUUACAAGUAGGUGUUACACAUAAAAUUAUUAUCGACUUCGUUUCGUUGAACAAACGCAACUGCCGUCAGCUGGACAACCUGUAGCUGCCGGUAGAUUCAAAAACCACAGAUUACAGGGAGCGCGCCACGGCGUUGUGGGCUGUUUUCAGCAUCUGACGUAUACGAUCGUCGACUGCAUUGCGAAGAAAAAGUCAACCUAGUGCUUUCCUACAACAACUAUAAAAAUUGCCUCUUUUUAUUCAAACGGACAGUCUUACGUACGCUAACGCCCAGUCGACCAGCUGUUCGUAUACAGUGAAACAGAUCGAUCAAUAUCGGCAUAGUGAAGAUCCAACCAGUUCGCUUUGUUAACAGCUACCCGAAUUCUUUUACUGGGAUCUUCGUCUGAGGAACGUCCUGUUGGCUCGAAGUUGCCUCGCUUCUGUGCUGUUAUAUCAUCAUCAUCAUCAUCACCAUCACCAUCAUCAUCACGAAAUUCGAGUAAUAGCAGCAGCGGCACAAGGACCAACAGCGAGAGCUACAAUACCGAAAAGCCUCGUUGCUGAAGUGGCAGCAGCCAUCAGCGAGCUCAAAUCGUGUUUUUACAUCGAGUGAGCGUGUGAAGUAGAUGAUACUAUCUUCGAGCGGCGAGAUGUUCGUCAACGGAGCCGCCGCCGUCAUGAAUCCGCUCGGACUACACCUCGGCCUGCCAGGGGCUGCCUCAACGCCGCAUCUUUCGCAGGCGGCAGCUCUGACAGCCGCGUUGCGCAGCUCGCAGCCCAACGGAAUAUCAGCGCUGGCCAUCGCACCGGCUCCAACUGAAAUCGUGCCCCUUUUACAGGUAAGCACGAGGCCGCCUAGUAAACCACUUGAAGAGAUGAAGGGUAACUGGAAUAAUUCGCCGGCAGGAUCGACGAAACAGGACACCAACAAGCACUUCCACAUCUUUGUUGGCGAUCUGAGUUCAGAUGUUGAAACGCAGCAGCUCAGAGAAGCUUUUACUCCGUUCGGAGAGAUCUCGGACUGUCGAGUUGUUCGUGAUCCGCAGACGCAGAAAUCAAAGGGAUACGGAUUCGUUUCAUUCCUGAGAAAACAGGAUGCGGAGACGGCAAUCAACUCGAUGAACGGCCAAUGGCUUGGAGGUCGAGUGAUUCGCACCAACUGGGCAACGCGACGGCCUACCAGUAACGCCAAUGGUGGCCAAGAAGGUUCGCAGGGCAGCAACACCCCUAAAUACACGCCUCUUACAUUUGAUGAGGUUUACAACCAGGCUAGCCCUACCAAUUGUACCGUUUAUUGCGGAGGCCUAGGUCAGGGACUCAGCGAGGAGCUUAUUCAGAAGACGUUCAGCUCAUAUGGAAUCAUUCAGGAGAUUCGUGUUUUCAAAGACAAAGGUUACGCAUUUGUGCGUUUCGCCACUAAAGAGUCGGCUACGCACGCAAUUGUUGCCGUCCAUAACACCGAGGUAAACGGCCAGAUCGUCAAGUGCUCGUGGGGCAAAGAAUCCAGCGAUCCCAACAACCAACAGGUGCAACAGCAUUUUGCCUUUCUAUUUUCAGACAAUCGCGGCCGCCCAAAUCCCGUAUCAUCAGUACCAGCAGAUGAAUUACUGGUACCCGCAGAACUACGCCCAGCCAGGACAAUUCGUUCAAGGCACGACUCCCACUGCCGUGCAAUACCAGUAUGGGCAGUACUUCGGCAAUGGAUUCGGGAUGGGCUUACAAGUGGCCUGGCCUGCAGGCCAAGGUGGGCAAAGUGCCCCGCUUGGCCAGCAACCGGCCAGCCUCUUGCCGGCCACCACCUACCCGAUGCAGCAGUAUCAGACGCAUCAAUAAACAACAGUUCUAUACUUCAGGAGAAGACAGAACCUCAAUCCGUCACUCCGAAUGGCCUGGGUUAAUGGCUUCGCUCUGGACGCAGUUCACGCCGCGCGCACCCGUGAGAUCAUCGCGACCGAAAUUGUAGUCUAGAGAAGAGAAGGUCCAUAUUCACAGAUGAUACCGACGGUUUAGUAUGAUGUAUCGUUGAAGAUGAAUGCAAAAACACUGCAUGCCACGCUAGAGACGGCGUUCGACCGACAGGUGGUUUACGGAAAAUCUAGGCGAGGCUUUAUGUCACACAGCAGCUCCAACUUCUCGCGCAUUCCUAACGGACAUGCGAAAAGUAGGCAUCCUCAACAAACAUUGUUAGCGUGGGUAUAGCUAAGUACCAAAGAGCGAAGGUCCUGCAUUUAGCCGCUGCCCAGUUAGCAAUAAAGGUGCAGCGUCACCGGUAGAUACGAACCGAAUAAGCUGGGUGGCGGCCGGCGGCCUUCGACUAAUGUCCGAUCGGUCAGCGUUAAUUAACGCGUGUCAUAUUCAAGUUGCGACAUGCCUUGCAACAAAGCAGAGCAGAGCAGAGCAAAUGAAAGAAAAAAAUCGAUCUCACAUCUACACAUACCAAAUAGAAGCUACACACAUAAGAGAAUAUAAAAUGGGGGUGAUAAUUUUGUACUCUAUAACAAAAUAGUGCUAUUGCGUCAGUUUGUAUUACGUGGAGAACGAGCGUAACUUUAGCAAUGUUUGAAGCUCAGACUGACUAAUUUUAAAAAAUAGAAACUACUCUAACCAAUGUUGGGGGCAAAGAACAACCGAUAUGCUGAGCGUGUUCCGCUUGCCCACGACAUUUUUUCUCACAUCGUACACUCACUUCGAAUGAUAGGUGAUAAUGAUGAUCCUGACUCCACUUUUAAGCAACCUUAACACCGAAGAAACUAAUCAGCUUGAAGAGAAUGAACGUUGAGGGAAAAUCGAGUUUGAUCAACGCCGCUAACAAUUCUACUAAUUAGUAAUUAUCUUCUUAUAAUUGAACAGUACUAAGAGAACCGCAAUGCGUUUUAUGAAAACGAGAGACACAUCGCAAUAUCAAUAAUAGGCAGAGUAACUUGUUUUUUUGAGUUUUCCGACUCAAUUUUUUUUUAAUUCAUACUCAUUUUAUAGCUACUCUUAUCGACUGAGCUCUGUACUAUAAAUCGAUCAAGCCCGACGCCGCAACCUAAACGUGUUAUAUCGAUCCAAAUCGAUCGGGCGCUCAGAGCACACGCUGCACCUCUAUAACACUUACUAUCCCUUUACAAUUUUAUUUACAAUCUCAAGUGAACGAAUUACCUGAGGGCUGACUAAUGAAGACCUGAUCGACUCAAGCAGAUAAAAAGACGGGCGAAAUCGAACGUUAGAAGUAAGUUUAGAUCAACAUGAACAGCAACGCCUAAAUACGAAGCAACUCUGGUUUGAAAUAGAAAGUCUUUAUUACUGUUGUUUAUCUUGAAGGUGUUGAAGACCGUUGAAGGCGGACAUCGCCACAUGGUUAAGUUGUAAGGCGGAGACUCCGUUUUGAACCGGGAGCUGACGAAAUGUGUAAGCAGAAAAGCUCUGAAACCCUAAAAACUCAAUUCGGGAAAAGCCGUGGCAUAAAUGCGAAUGUUAAAAUAGUAAUCUAUCUAUAGCGCAUAGAUGACCAGAAAUGGUAGUAUCGGCUCAUACACAGAUAAACAACGCCGGAGGAGGAGAAGCAGCGCGCACGUAUUGCGGAUUUUUUAUGACAUCCAUGGCCAUUUCAUUGGCAAGGAUCCAUAGCGCCUUUGAGGAACCGUCUACGUAUGCCCUAUGUGUCCUUAGGAGAUCGAAGAUAACAAGCAACGCAAAAUAAAAAGCAAUGCCCAGAAAUCAUAGGCAAACAUACACAAAGCUAUAUGAACUAGCCGUAAGACACAUAUACACUCACACACACAUCUAUUCUAAACCGACCAAGCUGUUAAUAACACAUAGGACCAACGCGUAGUAGCAAAUGACCAGAGAUGGCCAUGGACAAAGAAUGGUGACCAGAUCAGACGGCAUCGCCAACUCAAAAGCAGUUAGCCACUACAAGCCAAGGAGCGAGAAUGAAUAGGGAAAAUGCAAAAAAAUGAGGGUAGAAUUUAAAGCAAAAAGUUGUGUUUUUGUUUGACCGAACCAUUAUGUACGAAACACAUAUACAGAUAUAUUGUAACAUAUAGGGCCGCCAUUGUUGACAUGAAUGGGAAGGUUUGACAAAAGCUGAACAGCGUCCUGAAACGGCGCCCAACAGGAAUCAAGUAAGCCCACUUUACACCGUAGUACUCAGGAACAUUACAGGACAUACUUAUCGAUACAAAGAUUCUGCGGUAUGGCGUACUGUUGAAGCGUGCUGGCUGAACCUUAACCUGACCCAAAAAGCCGAAUAAAUACUAGUUUGUCGUCUCAGGCAAAUGCAGCCUGGGAUUUACAUGUCCCAUGCCGAUCAGUCAAUGCGUUGAACAGUUAGAGUGGGCUCCGGUCUCCCGGACAAACCAACUGGCCACUCUUCGCCUUUUUUUUUUAAUAACAGAAGAACAAACAACCACAACUGAAAAUAUGUUAACCGCAUAAAGCAAAUAGGUGGCUCCGAACAAAGGGACAAACAAAAUAUGAAGAGUAUGCUAGGAGAAACAGGCACACUCAUGUACGGUGUAGAAGAUCUCUGCUGAGAAGAUUUAUCUUCAUUUGUGUUGAAUAGCCAACAAGUGUUGAAUACGUACUUUGUACAGCGUACGUGUUGCUGCGCCAUGACACAUCGUUUAGAGCGGCUAAUGAUGUAAACCCGAAUAAAAGUAAAGGUAAACGAAAAAAGUUAACUUUAAUGAGAAAAAGAGCCAAAAUAAGAGCUCAGCUGUAACGAACUCAGAUUAUUCAGUGGAACAUAAGACAUCUCCUCGACACAUCGGAACCGUGUUGCCCGGCUAGACUUUCUCCGGCUGAAAAGCUCGACGCUGUUGAUGUACGCAACGCGACGCGACACCAGACAAAGGAACUUCAGAACUUGAACUUUGCAAAUAACUACAUUCUGGACUGUUUAUCCUGAAAAACACUGACCGAAUAAUUUGGCCACAGAGCUAAAUCCAUAAUGUCAGUUGUCCUUGAAUUCGAACUAGAUUAUAUACGGGGUUCUUAUGCGUACAAUAUCAACCAGUGUCCGUCGUCAGGACACAAAAUUGCACUGAUGACAAAAAAGCCACUUCUCGAACUUCCACGUCAGAGCGAGACACUGUUGAUAUCUCGGUUGUGCAGUCCUCGCAAAGUAAAGCCUCGUAUGACCGGGCUGGACGGGGCUUCUUCAACCUUUGGCCAUUAACUCGCCUCCGGUCUUUAAAACUACGAGACGAGCGAUGAUUAUUUUGUCCAAGGAGGCAAAGAUUUUUCAAAUUGAAAAGGUCUAUCGAAGAGGACGAAGUGGAGGGGAAUAACGGGCGUGGGAACGCAUUGCCGUGGAGCCACCGUUGAGACCCCCUAGUGCGACUCGGAUGUCAUAAUUCGAACAACAUAACGACAACAACAAAAAACAACCACAACUACCCUAUUGUAUUGACAAUUUAAAAUGAUAAUUUUAACGAUGAUCACGAGAAUUGAGCUUAGUUAUUACAGAAAUCAGAUGAAGCACAGACUCGAUACGCGAUGGAAUAAUCUGGUGGCCUAACAAGAAAGAAGCGUAAACAUGAACAGAUAUUGAUAUAGUUUGAAAAUUGCUUCAUGGAGGGAAUAAUGAAAGGGUGUUUAGGACGGUGACAGCGCUGGAAUGGAUGAUGAGGGGGCAGCAUGGAUGUAUGCACUGUACGAGUGAAUGAGUCAAAAGAAAAAAUAUACGCCAAUCCAAUGUGUAUUGACACAAACAAUACGACAUAGAUACGUAAACAUACAAAUCUAUAUAUGUAUACGGGGAGACAUGCAGACGCGGUCGCGGAUGAGAACGCUGAUUGCAACGGCAAUUGCAGAUUUAAUGAAGAUCAAUAUAGCUACAAGAAAACAAACAAAGGUCAAAUACGUUGAAAUAAUUAUACGAUAAUAUAAACAAUUAUUAUUAUUAUUAUGACCCAAUGACGAAACGGGCGGCGAGGCGUUUAGAAACGCUUCAAAGUCUAAUAGGAGAAUCAAUAUAUCUAGGUGUACUGCUAAUAUAUAUAUAUAUAUAUAUAUACUAUUGUUAGGGUAUUAGCUGGAUACAAUCACACGCCGUGGUGCUGAUAAAUAAAAAACAACAAUUCUAGUUUAUUAUUAUACGAUAUAAUGUGAAGAAAUAACGGAAAGAGAAACAGGUGCGAAAGGAUCUUACGGCUAAUAAUAAUAAUACAGGUAACUAAUACAAACACAACAACAAAUAUAUAUAUAAGAGUAAAGGAUUCUUCGAGGUGUGAAGGGGUUAUUGGAAAGAACCCCUUACUAAAAAUAAGCUAGCAGAAAAUAGAAAAAUUUUAAAUCAACUGCAGCGAUGGAUGGUUGGUACUGCAAAGAAAUCGUAGCAACAUACAACUGCUGGAACAAUAACACGGUAAACGCAGUGGGACAGUGAAGAGUAAAAAGCUACUGAAUAAAUACAUAUAGAAGAAAUUAGUAAUGAAAAAACGAGUACGACAUUGAUCGGUCAACGGAGGGCGCCCUUCUUCACAAUACAUCAGUUGAUAAUGGCAAAGAACCACCGGCAGAAGUCAAAUAUUAUCCUGAUCUAUACAUUGUCGCUUCGUUGUUGAGACUCAUCUUAGGGCCCGAAAUUAUAGAUGUGAUUCAGCGGCAACGAGUAGUAGCUGCUGCUGAGCAUCGGCCAGAAUCAUCGAUGGCCAGAACGGAACCGCACCAAUGGCAGAAUUCGAAAGCAGGGAACCGAGUUUGCCGAUCUGUUUUGAAAGGGAAUCGCUCCGCGGCUGGACAAUAUAGGAAGAAUGAAAUCUGAAGGACCGGCAUAAUUCCAUGAAGAGCUAUCCUCUACAGAUAAACAGAGCGAAAUCAUUUUGUACCAAAGACGGCGAUACCGAUGAUAAAAACACGUAACAGAUGUAGAUAUGCGUAACGCAUGACGGGAGUAAUUAUAAAAUAAGAAGUAAUAAUGAUGAUGAGGUAUAGGCGGGCAGCUUUAAACCGAGCCAGUACUCGCCAGCAUCACAUAAACGAAGACAUAUUUGAUGUAAGUUAUAUAUAUGGUAACACAGUGUAUGUGGAUCAUACUGAUGCGUAUGAUGAUACCAUGUAAUAUUGAUUCUGACACAUAUUAGAAUUGCUACUAUUACUGGAAUUGUUUUCUAUUUUAUUUAUGUAUUUUGUGAAUGUGCACAGAUGCGGCUAGGGUUCACGCCGGGUAGACUGGGGCUCACUCUCGUUUGAUGAUGUCUGUGCGCGACCACCGAAGACUGGGAGAUAUUCAAAUGAAGCCUAAUAAAUGAGUCGACGAACCCUAUGAAUAAGUACACAGCGUAUACAUAUAAAACUAGAUCAAAUGUGGUCGAAAGCACCUACGAAGCAAAAAACUAGAAAGUCAACAGAUAUGAUGAUACCAAUCCCAAAUAUACUGAAUGGAUUGCGGCAUACCAUCACCUCCGUGAUAGUCUGCAUGCGUUUUAAGGUGGCGUAUAACUAGUUUUUUCUGACCGACAUUAUUGCUAUCUAAUAAAAUUAGAGAUAAAUUUCUAUAAGAUAUAAAGUGCGUCGACCGUCUCUUAGACCGACCAGAAGUUUUUGCAUGAGCCCAGUCACACAAAUGCGAGACCCGUAUAAUGUCUGGAUCACGGUGCUAAGGGUUGUCAUUGCACCAGCUUGCGUAUAACGCAUUUACUUUCUCCAUAUAAUGUGCCAAAUUGCAUCUCCCUAUCUAUCGUUCUGUAAUGGAAACGAGUUCUGAGAAUGGUAAAUGAUCGGUGAGACCAAUAUUGAUGAUCGGUCUAGGAAACAAACAAGGUCGGGGAAAUGGAGAGUGAUUAACUAGCCAUGUCUCAAAAUUGGACAUGAUACGCGUCAAUAGCGCGAAGCGGAUGAUGAACGCUUAUACCACAAUUGUUACUGCUGUAAAAUCCAGUCCAGUUGGGCCGAACUACGGAAGAUCUAAUGAAAUUCAAAUAAUUUCAUUGAAAAAAACCGCACACACACACACACACACACUGCGAGUAAAAAAAUACAAGUAAAAACGAUCAGCACCAAAUAUGAGUAGGCAAGACAAUUUUUAUUGACAACCAUAGCCGACAGCCGGAUAGAACAUCGUUAAGGCAAUGUUGUAUGUCGGUUCGCUUAGGACAAUUUAUGUCCUUCUCCUGCCUUAGAAAUAAAGCAGGCAAAGAAAAGACGGUACACCAAAAAAAAAAAAGCAGAAUGUAAAGGGGUAAAAUAUUCGCGUGUUUGUUUGCAAGUUUAAGGCGGAAAUAAAAGUAGAAGCUAACGUUGACUAACGCGAGAGCUAGAUAAAAAGGAGAGUAACAUGAACCAAAGGGAAAGAGAAACUGUGACGGCUACACAGGGAAACCGUGGCCCCGUCUGUGAACAAGUAUACGAAAGUGAACUAUGCAUAUAUGCACAGUUCACUGUCGCAUACUUAUAACGCAAAACUACACACACUCACACAAAAAAACAACCAUAUACAGUAACUACUACUGUAGAGUAGGUAUAUAAACAACAGUUAAACCGCUAGAUAGGCGGCGCCGUUACGAAGAGAAAAACAAAUGAAACAACAAAUACCAGCCAAAAAGUGACGAAUCUGAUGAAAUCAAGAAUAAAGAUGGAUAACGAUGAUAGGUUAAAAUCCACACACAAAUAAACAUAUUGUGUCCCGCAGUAACGAUGACCAACAAACAGACAAAGAUGCACGGAAGAAAAAUAAGGAACGACACCCCCCCCCCCCCCGUAUUCGAUUCAACCGACGACCAAUAAGAACGAGCCGAAGGGGGAACAUCAGAAAAGUGACGCUAAUUGAAUAACAGAAAUAUUGUCGCGUAUGCUGAGCGUCUAUUGCGAGCGCCUAUUUAUGGCACUGUAUGCCCAGAAGAAGGCAUUAAAUAAGGGCCGGUGUCUCUGGCAACAGACCGCCAACUCCGGCAAAAAGAUCCGCGACCGGGUCUCCUUCCUAUUCUAUUACCACGGCGAUGACGAUGAUAACGACGUGGAAGAGCAUAAAUCGAUAUAGUGCUGGAACGUGCAAGAAGUGUUAAACGGCCUUCAUCACUGCACUGUUAUAGGGAGAACAAAAUGAAGAAAAGCAAAUAUAAUGUUGGCAAACGUAGAGAGCACGCAGAGGAAACAAAAAACAGACGCGGAUCUCUAUUGUAUUUGCUGUUUAACAUCACCGAAACGUACUACUGAGCAUGAGUUAAAUGUCUAUAAAGGUCGAAUAUGAACGACAAAUGGAAAGUAAAAGUACUGUGUGGAAUAAGCCGACCUUGUCACGUCGAAGAGGAAUCACGCCGCAGUAAACAACGUAGAGGCUAAAACGGGGAUAAUUUUUUUGUGCUACGAAGGUAAUGAGACUGUACACGGACUCUCGAUGCGCCCAAAGUGUUUCAACGAUACUAAUUAGUCAAAGUUCUCGCAGUCGCAUACAUACGGUAAGCCAACGCCGUUUUAGACCGUGACUGCAGAUACACACACGCACGCACGCACGCACGCACGCACGCACGCACGCACGAUUUUCUUUUAGACUUAUAGUUGUUAUUCCUAACGGCAACAGCUAGUAUGAUCUUAGCUUAUGCGAUAUCAUGAUAUAAUAGCUAUCUGUGAACUGGAUUAUGCUGAUUGCGUACGCUCCAAGAACUACAAGUUACCCCAGUAGAAGUUCCGGAACCAUUAGUGUCGUCUUCACGAGAGAAACUGCCUCAACUACACUAGCCGCCAAUGUAACAACAAAAUAACCUUCUGUAGCGAAUCCGCCGUAGAAACACGUACGAAAGUGGCAUACUAUUGCCCUCGACCAACUAGAGUUAGGGCCGAAGGAGACCUUGACUAUGCCCUACGCCAGAACGGUGGCACGGCUGUUAGUAAACCCCCAAUAUAGAUAGCUAGGCUCUCAAGGACGGUUUAAAUGACUGGACUAAUUUUUGUUUACUUUUAUUAAGGUGUCACUGCAGUAAUAGUAGAUAGACCAAUAUACACUCAUAAAUACUUACCACUGGUAUUUUAACUAGCCACUUUGAUGUUGCAAGUCUUUACGAGGACGGUAGUAGUAAUAAUUAUAUGGAAGUAUAUUCAGACUAUAAAAACUAGCAUCUGUGAUGAUUAUACAACAAGUCUCAUAUUAAUACCAACAAUACUAGUAGUAACAGUUACCAUGAACUAAUGUAGAAUGAAUCAUAUAGUUGUUGACAAGCGAUCGCGCGGUACAAAAUAACAACGACUAUUCUCUCUGGCUGGGCGGCCGACGCCGCUAACUUAGAACUGCCGCUGUCUGCUCAUUCAAUUUAGUUGCAAAUAAAGGAGAUCUCUACACUAUGGAUAUUUUACUGUAGCGGGAUACCCUUCGUGCAAUCAAACCUUCCCUCGUCUGGAACCGUCUUAAUUAGUUUCCUGUCAUUAUGCUAUAAGUAGCUUUAAAAUCUAUGCAUUCUAUGAUGAUCCCGCCCGAUCUGUGUUGUCGCCGGGAUGCUUCUCGCCGGCGAACGCCCACCACCAGGCUAUCUGGCCAGUCAAGACAUUCAAUAGUGAAAUUAGUCUAGAAUGAAUCAUGUGAAGUACAUAGGGACAGAAAUAUAUAACAGACAGAUAAAAGUUUUUCCACAACAACAAUAACUAGUGCUAGAACGCAUGUCACGAAGUGAAGACCAAGCCGUAAAUAAUGACAUGCGAGGCUCAUGUUCCACAGCAUAACACAAGUGAUAAAGAGUUCAGGACCACCGUCAAACCAGCAAGUGACAAACACAGGCAUCGUCAACAAACAAGACGUCGACAUUUUUUCAAGUAUAAUAUAUGCUAAAUGACAGUGGUGGUAACACUACGAGGGACGCAACAAGGUAGACAUGAUUAAUACGACACGUAGAGGUUAGACUUAGGGUAAAGGAAAGAACGAGUGUCGUAUAUAAGGGUUAUAUGGCACAUACCAGCGUAGGUAGCUCCCUUUGACAUUGUGGUGUACACGAACCAGCACACGAUCGACCUGAAACCGAACAAAACGAGAUCCGGCGGAGAAAAUCAACGAUUCGGCGAGAAAAUAGUAGGUGAUUGAUUGACUGAUUUCUACAGCCACAGCCACAGCAGCAGCAGCAGCGAGACGUCACAUUUCUAAUGACAUAAACAUCGUAAUAAUGGUGGGAAAGAUGAUCGUACACAAAAAAAAAAAUGAACAAG